AUGCUAUUAGCACAUGCUUGUCCUGAGUCCCGUACACUAAGUAACGUUUCCUUUUUCUCUUUCACAGUUACCAGUUACAACAAUGUGUUAGAUGCAAAUUCUGAUUCUGAUGAUGAAGACAAAUUGCACAUCGUAGAAGAGGAGAGUGUUACGGAUGCGGCAGAUGGCGAGGGCAGCGUGCCAGAAGAUGACUUGCCAACCGACCAAACAGUAUUAGCAGAAGGCAGCGAAAGUGUGAAACAAAGUUGCUGGGAUGAUGAAGUUCAUGAUGAAGAAUGUGAUUCGGAUGUUGAAAAUGAGCAAAACCAUGAUCCAAAUGUAGAAGAGUUCCUUCAGCAGAGUGACACGGCUGUCAUCUAUCCAGAAGCUCCUGAGGAUGACCAGAGGCAAGGCACGCCGGAGGCCAGUGGUCACGAUGAAAAUGGAACUCCAGACGCAUUCUCCCAGCUCCUGACAUGUCCGUAUUGUGACAGGGGAUACAAACGUUACACUUCCUUGAAGGAACACAUCAAAUACCGGCAUGAAAAGAAUGAAGACAACUUUAGUUGUUCUAUGUGCAGCUACACGUUUGCCUACAGAACCCAGCUGGACCGUCACAUGACAUCCCACAAGUCAGGAAAAGAUCAAAGGCAUGUAACACAGUCUGGUGGAAACAGAAAAUUUAAAUGCACUGAAUGUGGAAAAGCUUUCAAAUACAAACACCAUCUAAAGGAACAUUUACGGAUUCACAGUGGAGAGAAGCCAUAUGAAUGCCCAAACUGCAAGAAGAGAUUUUCCCAUUCUGGCUCUUAUAGUUCCCAUAUAAGCAGUAAAAAAUGUAUUGGCGUAAUUCCAGUCAAUGGACGUGCACGUUCCGGUUUGAAGACUCCCCAAUGCUCCUCCCCUUCCCUCUCUGCAUCCCCUGGCAGUCCAGUACGGGCACCAAUUCGUCAAAAGAUCGAGAACAAGCCUUUACAGGAGCAACUUCCAGUAAACCAAAUCAAAACAGAACCUGUGGAUUAUGAAAUUAAGCCCAUUGUGGUUGCGUCAGGAAUCAACUGUUCUGCCCCUUUGACAAAUGGGGUCUUUACUGGUAACCCUCUCCAGGCAACCGGUUCUCCUCAGGGUGUAGUACAAGCUGUUGUUCUACCAACUAUGGGCCUGGUAUCACCUAUUAGUAUUAACCUUAGUGACAUUCAAAAUGUUCUUAAGGUGGCUGUUGAUGGGAAUGUAAUCAGACAAGUGUUAGAAAAUAACCAUGCCAAUCUUGCAUCCAAAGAACAAGGAACUAUUACUUCUGCAACCAUACAGCAAGCGGGUCAUUCUGUAAUUUCAGCUAUUAGUCUUCCUUUGGUUGAUCAAGAUGGGACAACCAAAAUAAUCAUCAAUUACAGCUUAGAGCAGCCAAGCCAGCUUCCAGUUGUUCCACAGAACCUGAAAAAAGAAGUUCCCGCAGAAGUUUGCAAGACCGAAAAAUUACCAGAAGAUCUAACUAUUAAAACCGAGAAGGAUACAAAGUUUACGGAGGAGAGCACUUGCAUGCUUUGUGAAGAUCAGCCAACAGAUUCCAAUGCACUUCAAGAACCUAAGCACUAUGAUCAGAAAAGCAGUACUCCACUUCCUGAAAGUAGCAAGGAUGAAUCCAUAAAGUCUGAGUCUUCAUCAGUGGAAACCACAGAUGGAAACCUUACCCCUAGUCAACCACCAUUGAAAAACCUUCUAUCACUUUUGAAAGCCUACUAUGCUCUGAAUGCACAACCAAGUGCCGAAGAACUUUCUAAAAUUGCUGAUUCGGUAAACCUACCACUGGAUGUGGUAAAAAAAUGGUUUGAAAAAAUGCAAAGUGGAGAAAUUUCUCUCCAAUCUUCUAGGUCAUCUUCACCAAAAGCAGACCAGGAUGGUAACUUGCCAGAGAAGAAUACUGAACUGCAAGAAGACAGUGAUGUUCAGAAUGAAGCAAAUGAUGUGCAGAACCCUCCAAAAAAUGAGCCCUCCCAACCAUUGGCUGCAAAUGGUUCAGAGAGUGGCACAACCUCCCCCUCACCACUAAACCUCUCCUCGCUAAAAAACUCAGAUGGUGCAACAAUAUCUGACGAGGUACAAGGUGACCAAGAGCAGCAAAUGGAAACCUCUCGAUUUAUCUUUACCAAAGCAGCUUGGAAAUGGGUUGGAGCGACCUUCCAUAACUAGUGUUUACCAGAGCAGUGUUUAUUCUAUUCAAGAAGAACCCUUGAACUUGUCUUGUGUUAAAAAAGAGCCAAUGCAAGUGGACAGUGUCCCAAUAUUGGAGCCAGCUCUAAUUUUAAACCCAAGUGCCAAUCCCAUAAACAUUGCUAUUCCCACAGUCACUGCCCAGUUACCUACAAUUCUUGCCAUUACAGAUCAGAAUAGUGUUCCCUGUCUUAGAGCACUAGCUGCCAACAAGCGGACUAUCUUGAUUCCCCAAGUGACAUACACUUAUGCCACCACUUCUACUGCAACAGUUACAGAACCACAACAGAAGAGCCUUCAAGCUAAUGGAAAUCAGGAUGAAAGGCAAGAUACGAGCUCAGAAGGAGUUUCUAAUGUAGAAGACCAGAAUGACUCUGACUCCACUCCACCCAAAAAGAAGCUAAAGAAGACAGAGAAUGGGUUGUACGCCUGUGAUCUCUGUGAUAAGAUAUUUCAGAAGAGCAGUUCACUGCUGAGACACAAGUAUGAACACACAGGUAAGAGGCCUCACGAGUGUGGAAUCUGUACAAAGGCAUUCAAACACAAACACCAUUUAAUUGAGCAUAUGCGCCUUCAUUCUGGAGAGAAGCCCUACCAAUGUGACAAAUGCGGCAAGAGGUUUUCACACUCCGGGUCCUAUUCCCAACACAUGAAUCACCGCUACUCAUACUGUAAGAAGGAGGCAGAGGAACGUGAUGGCGCAGAGCAUGAAGAAGCGUUGCAAGAGACCCUAAGCAACGAGCAUGUAGAUUCCCAAGCUUCUCCGUCUCAGAUAGACUCUGAUGAGCGCGAGAGCUUAACACGGGAAGAUGACAGUGAAAAAGAAGAAGAUGAUGAAAAAGAUACAGAUGAUGGACAGGACGAAAAAGAAUGUGUGGAGAUGCAUGAUUUAGAGGAGACAGAACUGGAGGUUGAAGCAGGACCAUUGGAAGGUACUUUGAAGGAUGAAGAAUGUGUAGAUAAAAGUCAAACCCCAGAACCAGAAGUCACAGAAAAUCACGUGUCGGAAACUGACACUGCCCACCCUUAG